AUGGCGUCCCUGUGCAGCCUCUCUACUUUAUUUCCUAUCCAAAGUCAGUUGGAUUUCGCCCUAGAUGACGCUACAUCAUCACAGGAAGAAGAAAAUCUGAUAAUCCAGUAUUUGAAAAAACUGGACGAAAGAGAAGACCUGAAGAUACCCGAUUUCCAGACAGGCUUGGAAUGGCUGAACACGGAGGGGCCUCUGUCUUUGAAUAAGGAGCUGGCUGGCAAAGUGGUGCUGCUGGAUUUCUUCACCUACUGCUGCAUCAACUGCAUUCACAUCCUGCCUGAUCUGCACCAACUUGAGAAGAAACACUCUGUUAAAGAUGGAUUGGUUGUUAUUGGUGUGCACUCUGCCAAAUUCCCCAAUGAAAAGGUCUCGGACAACGUUCGCAGCGCUAUUCUCCGCUAUGACAUCUGCCACCCGGUGGUGAACGAUAGUGAGGCGCGCCUCUGGCAUGAACUGGAGGUGUCCUGCUGGCCCACACUGGUCCUGCUUGGACCACGCGGCAACCUGCUCUUGUCUCUGGUGGGUGAGGGCCACCGCGACAGGCUGAUGCUUUUUACUGAUUGCGCCCUCCGUUACUAUGGGGAGCAGGGCCUGCUGAAGGCUCACACGGUGGGGAUCAAGCUGUACAGAGACUCCCUGCCACCCAGCAUCCUGUCUUUUCCUGGGAAGGUGGCUGUAGACAACAGCAAGAAAAGACUUGCCAUAGCAGACACUGGGCAUCACCGGAUUCUGGUGGUGUCUUCUACCGGACAGCUGUCACACAUCAUAGGAGGUCCUGAAAGUGGGAGACAAGAUGGCGACCUGUCUGAAGCUUCCUUUAACUCCCCUCAGGGUGUGGCCAUUAAAGGAGACGCAGUAUACGUGGCUGACACGGAAAACCACCUGAUCCGAAAAAUCGACCUGUUAGAGGGAAGAGUCAGCACUCUUGCUGGCGUAGGAGCUCAAGGUACAGACAAAGAGGGUGGGGCCACAGGACCUCAGCAGCCAAUCAGCUCCCCUUGGGAUGUGACUCUCGGCACUGCCGGUGGUGUUGAAGAUAACGUGCUGUGGAUAGCCAUGGCAGGGACUCACCAGAUCUGGGCUUUGUUCCUAGCAGAUGGGAAUCUGCCCAAAGGAAGUGUGUCCAAAGAAGGGAUGUGCGUGCGAUGGGCAGGCAGCGGCAACGAGGAGAACCGAAACAACGCCUACCCCCACAAGGCCAGCUUUGCUCAGCCCUCGGGCCUGGCUUUAGCCCCAGAGGAGCCUUGGAGCUGCCUGUACGUGGCCGACAGUGAAAGCAGCACCAUCCGCACACUCGCAUUGAAGGAUGGAGCCGUCAAGCUACUGGUUGGGGGAGAGAGAGACCCGCUGAACCUCUUUGCUUUCGGGGAUGUAGACGGCAAAGGGGUGGACGCCAAGCUGCAGCAUCCUCUUGGUGUUGCCUGGGCUCCUGAACAAAGCUUGCUGUAUGUGGCUGACUCUUACAACCACAAGAUCAAGGUCGUGGAUCCAAAGACAAAGCAAUGUAGCACGUUAGCAGGGACAGGAGAGACUGGAGAUGUUCUGGGUCCUGAAUUGAACAAAUCCUGCUUCAAUGAACCUGGAGGAAUCUGUGUCGGCGAUGGCGGGAAGCUUCUUUACGUCGCAGAUACCAACAACCACCAAAUCAAAGUGCUGAACCUGGCCUCCAAGACUGUCUCACUGUUCCCCAUAUCCAUGGACUACACAGACACAGUACCUACAAAGCCUCUGGCUCCUGCCAAUGCCCCCAUGCUGCCUAAAUCAGCUGCCAGGAAAGCAAUGCCACCAGUAGCAGUGUCUGCGGGCCAAACUCUCAUCCUGUCACUCACUCUGUCCCUUCCAGAAGGAGCCAAACUCACUCAGGAGGCCCCCAGCUGCUGGGCUCUCUCAGCUGAGGGUAACAAGUGGCUGCUAGACAGUGAGGUGGUGUCUGGUGAAAUCUUGGAUCUGUCAAAGCCCAUCUGCAUCUCAACCAAACUUCCAGCUGUUAUGAAGGACUCAAACAGCAACAAUCCAAGCCUCACUUUGAGUGUAUGGGUGUACUACUGUAUGGAAACAGGUAAAGCCUGUAUGAUGAAAGCAGCCUCCUUCACUCAGCCUCUUCAAAUAAGUGCCAGUCCUGGAGAGGAAGAAGUCACUGUGGCGUUGACUCAUGCCUUCUAAAACCGUUUACUUGUCUUAGUCGAAACAGCCUAAGAAUCCACACUUUCUGAGCUGCUGCGACGUCAGUUUAACUUUGGAUCUCAGCUAACUCCGUCUCGUAUUUUGUUCAUAGUUCUGGGAGAAGACAACGCAGAUUGCUUCUGACCGAGCUGUCACUUUUGACAAAAAUGCAUCUCAUACAAACCUGAUUUUCAGGAGAAUUUCAUUUCAAGCUACUCAGAAGCCCUUUCUACUAAACACAAUGCAUCAGUGCUGUAAUGUUCUUGACCGUGUGUGACAGUUAUCGAUAGGAAUGCAAAUAGAUACAUCCCCUGGCAUCCUAUAAAAGCUGUACAGCAAAGACAGCUGCAGCCUAAAAACCUAUAAAAUAGUAUAUUUAUGCCACAAAUUCCUAAGGACAGGCUGUACUUGCUAAAUGUAAGAAAACUGUCUCCAUUAUAAAUUGAUGUUUUAUGGAUUAAAAAAAGCUCAUCUCAAACUAAGAAAUCAUGAUAAUUGGAACGUGGCGAUGAUGGUGUCUGCGAUGGAUAAACGAAUAAACAGACUUUCUGCCUGUUUAUUUAAAGCGCUUUCAGAUGCUGAAAACAAAGUAAAAGCCGACACCUCUGAUUAGCCUCAUAUUUUCACCUGAAGGUGCCAGAUGGAUGUGAAUUUCAAAGAGAAGACACAAAAUUAGUGGAAACCUUCUCUUCGUGUUUGAAACCAUUUAACAGUUUUCUCUUAGUCUCAGAAAAAAAGAGACAUUUAUUGGAGCUGAUGUUUGAUUCAGACUCAGAGAAAGAAGUUUUAUUCUGCCUUUGCUCACACAAGCAUUGCUUUUGAAUGCUAAUAUCGAGUUACAGACAAUUUCUCAAAAAUAUGAGAGCAGAACCUUUUCUUUAAUCUGAGUCCAAGCGAAGAAGUAGUAAGUGGAAAAGGACAGAAAUUAAACUUUAUGAGGGAUUUAUGAGAAGUUAUCUAUGCAGAGACUCACAUUUUCUUUUAUUAUCAUUAAUAUAUUAAAGAUGUCUAGCACCAGAGUAUUCAUUCACAUCUUUACUUUGUACUUUUUUGAUUAAUAUAUUUCCACGUAUAUGUGUGUGGUUGCUUGUGUUUACUGUCAGUCAGCUUCGACGGUGCGAGCGAGUUCAUAGUCUCUUAAAAGUUACACUCACAGUUUAAAGCAUCCUUCAUGUGUGUCCGUCCUCGGUAUGACUGAUAAUGUUUUUGAUUAUGAUUAUUCAUGACACAAGGAGCCCUUUUCAUUUAGGCUGUUAUGUAAGUAAUGAAUAAAGUGCCUGUGUUCGAUAAGGGGAAGCGACCUCUGGUGAACCAAUGAGACCGACUCACUACUGCUUGCUAUGCGCACUGUGCGAUACUGUAUUAAGAAAGCAAAGUCUUAUUAAAAUCUCUCUAUCAAGCAUUUAUAUACUUCAUCUCUACUUUGCAAAGGGAACAUAAUUUGAAAGAGAUGUGCUAAUGACACGACACUGUAGUACGUUGUGUAAUAUAAUAUGAUAAUGUUGAAGAUGUUAUUGUCAUUUUCCCUUAUUGGUUUUCAAAGUUAUGAGCUGUUGUCAGAAAUAGGCCAGAGAGUGUUUUGAUCAUCGCUGUCAUUGUGUGUCAUAAUGUAAUUGUUCUUGUUUUUAUUUGGUUUGGGUCGCACAGCCCAAGUGCCUUGGAAAAGGGGCGUUACUGUAUGAAUGGUGUGAAUCGAUGACACUUUUACUGUGUCAGAAGCAAUAACAGUGUAUUUCUGUAA